AUGGGUGGCAGCGGAGCAGUAGGAGCUGCGGAAAUGCCCCUGGCUUACAGUGCAGCAGCAACCCAACAUAACGCCACCGUUGUUGGUUACUGUCGAACUGCUUUGGCAGCAGUGGCUGGAGUUGCAGCCGGCAUUCUUGGACUCACAGGGAUAGUUGGAUUCAUAUUCUACUUUGUAUCAAGCAUGGUAUUAUCAAUUCUCCUUCUGCACAAGGCUGGUCUGGAGUGGCAGAAGCACUUCCUCAAUGGAUACACACUUUUUGCUGGGCUCAUAUUCAGUGAGAUAACAACUUACAUUCUCUGCUGGACAUUUAUUUACGGGAUGGUUCACGUUUACUAA